UGAUUUUUGAAAGUUCAAGCUCCUCAUCUAAUAAUUCCUUUAAUCUGCAAAUCUCUGACAUUCUGAUACUCGUCGACUCAAAAAAUGCUAUCAGAAUAUUAUUUGUGAGCAUAUCAAUACUAUUGGCGGUAAUCUUGAAUGUUAAGGUAAACUGUUAAAUGUUGUUUUCCCAAAGUGAUUCAAUUGUUAGACUAAUACAUUCGAAUCCAGUAGUCAUUUUUCUCUACUUUUCUUAAUGUCUACUGUUGUCAUAGUUUUUAUUUCAAUACUCUGGUUAGUAUGCCUUGGAUCACUUCUGUUUUUCAAAGAACUUCGACUGAUUUUUUUGACAACUUUGUUUUUUCUUCGCUUAUUACGCGGAGUUUUUGCUCCAAUGAUACCUUCAAUUAUCACGAUGAUAAUGUUUUUAUAUUCACUCGCAUUAGUUUUCCAAAGAGCAGAAACUUUAAAAACUGCCUUUCAGUCAAAAAUUGGAUCUCGAGCAAUAUGGAUAUUAUCUUUCAUUUAUGCACUUUGGUUUCACCCAUGGAAUAGUUACAAUCAAAUGGUAUAUCAUCAUACUUUUGAGGGUAGUUUAUUUCCUAUAUUUUAUAUCAAUUUAGUUGAUUGUUUUAUGAUUAUGAGUUCUACAGUUCUCAUUGUUAUCAAACUGAAAGAUGUCUACAAUCAUCCGAAAUAUUUAUCAAAUUACGAAUUAACAAGUAUCAAUCAUGUUAUAAUAAUUCUUUUGUUUCAAUAUCUGAUGUUACUAUACAUUGGCGCAGUGGUAUUCAUUUUUGGAACAAACGAAACAAGAAAUAUCGAGCCAGAUUCCAAUAAUGAGGUUGAAAUAUGGAUGACUUUUUGCAUUUUCGGACCAUUUUCAUACCCAUAUUCCGUUUUUAUCAGUUCAUUGUUUUCCAGGAAAAGAUCGAAAAUCAGACAUAUGAGAACUGUUACUUUUGAUGCUAGAAGAAUGAGAAGCCAAUGAAAAAACGUUCAAUUUAUUUAAAUCAAUUUUCAAAUAAAAUCAUCUUGGUUUCAA